UCUCCUCGUACCGAAGUCAUCAUGGCCACCACAGCUACUGCCUCGCGCUCACGCAGACCUUCGACAUCAGCUCCAGUAGCUGAGCUCUCAGGUCCCAUUGGGCCUGCUGGCAUCACAAGACCCAAGCACAAGCGUACAAUUACUGGCUUUGGUGCAUCCGAUAUCAAGAGCGUCGAAGCUGAGAUCCCCGAUGCUCAAAAGACUGCCUGGAAGAAACAUGUGCGCCAAUGCCCAACUCUCGAGACCAACCCAAUCGAACGACCAAUGCUAACCCGAGCAGNNACUGCUUCAGGCUUCACGAACAAGGAGGACUUCGAGGUACAACAGGCUUCAACGAACAUACAUCUCACAGUUCUGACUGAGCUGGCAGNNGCUGCGGCAAUUCGCCACAUCGAGACUACUCUUGCUCGCUCUCUCUACAACUGCGAUGAAGGUGCUGCCUAUGGCGGAACAGCUUUGGCAUUCCGCGACCGCCUGAUCAUCGACUGGAACAAGACGCAACAGAGCCACACUUUCGCUGAUCAGAAGCGCCGGUCCUCAUCCUCGCCGUCAAUACUGACAGCCAUAGACCUCUCACUCGAGUUCUUGAUGGGAAGAGCAUUGGACAAUGCCAUGCUCAAUGUUGGCCUGAAGGAUGUAGCAAGAGAUCUCGGCUUCCGCAUGGAGGACGUGAUUGGCAUCGAGCGCGAUGCUGCUCUCGGUAAUGGUGGUCUUGGUCGUCUAGCAGCUUGCUUCCUGGACAGUCUUGCCUCACUCGACUACCCCGCCUGGGGUUACGGUCUAAGAUACAGAUAUGGUAUCUUCAAGCAGGAGAUCAUCAACGGAUACCAAGUCGAGGUUCCUGACUACUGGCUCGACUUCAACCCCUGGGAGUUUCCUCGACACGAUGUUACCGUCGACAUUCAAUUCUACGGUAAUGUCCGCAAGUACAACGAUGACAACGGAAGACAGGUAUCAGUCUGGGAGAAUGGCGAGAUAGUCACUGCCAACGCCUACGACGUACCAAUUCCUGGUUACAACACUCCUACCACAAACAACCUGCGUUUGUGGUCUAGCAAAGCUGCCAGCGGCGAGUUUGACUUCCAAAAGUUCAACUCUGGCGAGUAUGAGCAGUCUGUUCAUGAUCAGAUGAGAGCAGAAACCAUCUCUGCAGUGCUGUAUCCUAACGACAACCUUGACCGCGGCAAGGAGCUUCGUCUCAAGCAACAAUACUUCUGGUGCGCUGCUUCGCUCCAUGACAUCGUCCGUCGUUUCAAGAAGUCANAAAAGGCAUGGAAGGAGUUCCCAAACCAGAUUGCCAUUCAACUCAACGACACUCACCCAACGCUUGCUAUUCCAGAGCUGCAGCGUAUUCUGGUCGACAACGAAGGUCUUGACUGGGACACUGCCUGGAGCAUUGUUGUCAACACCUUCGGCUACACCAACCACACCGUCAUGGCUGAGGCUCUUGAGAAGUGGUCUGUUCCCUUGAUCCAGCAUCUGCUGCCUCGCCACCUCGAAAUCAUCUACGAGAUCAACUUGCACUUCUUGCAGUAUGUCGAACGCACCUUCCCUAAGGACCGCGACAUGCUCUCUCGCGUCUCUAUCGUCGAGGAGUCCAACCCAAAGAUGAUCCGUAUGGCUUUCCUCGCCAUUGUUGGCUCUCACAAGGUCAACGGUGUAGCAGAACUGCACUCCGACCUGAUCAAGACCACCAUCUUCAAGGACUUUGUCAAGAUUUACGGUCAGGACAAGUUCACUAAUGUUACCAAUGGUAUCACUCCUCGUCGUUGGUUGCACCAAGCCAACCCUAAGCUGUCUGAACUUAUCGCUUCGAAGCUUGGUGGCUACGACUUCCUGAAGGACCUGACCCUCUUGCACAAGCUCGAGGCAUAUGCCGAUGACAAGCAGUUCCGCAAGGCAUUCCAGGACAUCAAGUACGCCAACAAGACUCGCCUCGCCAACUACAUCAAGCAGACUACUGGCGUAUCAGUCAACCCUGCAGCUCUGUUCGACAUCCAGGUAAAGCGCAUCCACGAAUACAAACGUCAACAGCUCAACAUCUUCGGUGUCAUCCACCGCUACUUGGCUCUCAAAGCCAUGUCACCUGAGGAGAGAAAGAAGAUGCAACCCAGAGUUUCCAUCUUUGGUGGAAAGGCUGCUCCUGGUUACUGGAUGGCCAAGUGCAUCAUUCAUCUUGUCAAUGAAGUUGGCAGAGUUGUCAACAACGACCCUGAGAUUGGUGAUGCUUUGAAGGUCAUAUUCAUUGAGGAUUACAAUGUCUCCAAGUGUGAGAUCAUUGCACCUGCUUCUGAUAUCAGUGAACACAUUUCCACUGCUGGUACCGAGGCCUCAGGUACUUCCAACAUGAAGUUCGUCCUGAACGGUGGUCUCAUCAUUGGUACCUGCGAUGGUGCCAAUAUCGAGAUCACUAGAGAGAUUGGCGAGGACAACAUCUUCUUGUUUGGUAACUUGGCCGAGGAUGUCGAGGACAUCCGUCACCAACACACCUAUGAAGGUGUCCUCAUCGAUGAUGGUCUUCAGAAGGUCUUUGACGCCAUCCACAAUGGCACGUUCGGCCACUCGGACGAGUUCUCUGCUCUGACAAACACUGUCGUCAACCACGAUCAUUGGUUGACCUCUGCUGACUUCGAAGCAUACUGUAAGACUCACGAUGCCAUCGACGAGGCCUUCAAGGACCAGGAAGCCUGGCUCCACAAGACCAUUCUUGCUGUCGCCCGUAUGGGCUUCUUCACUGCUGAUCGUUGUAUCGAGGAAUACGCCGAGAUGAUCUGGAAUGUCGAGCCUCAGAAGAUCAAGCAGAAUGGCGCAUAA